UCGUUCUCCUCCCCCACCCGAGAGACGUUUCGAGCGAGCGGUGAAUCCCAUCGCAUCGUGAAAGGGAAUCGCCACCACCCCCGACCGUAAUUCUAGGGCUAGAGUUUGCUUCGUCUACCGAUAUCGGGAUCGGGAACUCCCGUUCUCGCUCAUGGCGACGUGCUUCGAUCGGUGGGAGAAGGACCCCUUCUUCCCCGCCGCGGAGGAGGUCCAGGAAUCCUCCGACAGGAUGGAGUCAAUCUAUAGAAGAUGGAUCCACGAGCAAAAAAUCGCUUCAAAUCGUACCAGCGAUCGUGAAUCCGACUCUCAUGAGCUCCUCAAUGAGCUCCGAUUAGCCCUCGGCACGGCGAAAUGGCAGCUCGAGGACUUGGCUAGGGAAAUUAGGUCAAAUGAUGAGGCGUGCUCGCCCGGAGAUGAUAUGAGAGCUAGGCAUUGUCAAUUCAUUGCGGCAAUCGCGAAUCAUAUAGCCAUUGUCGAGAAUUCAUUUAGGGGAUUAAAUCAGGAGCAGAGAGAUUGUACAUCAGCGUGGGUUACAUUGGAUCAAGGAGAAAGGGAUGAGCUCGCACUAUUUCUGUCUAAUCCUUCUCCCGAGCCGGAAAAGGCGCCGAUAGCAAACAGAGGAACCGAAUGUUUGAAGAGCGUAGGACUUACAAAUGAGAUUAGUAACUUGGAGAGAAAGGAGGAGCAUUUGUGCGGGCAUCGGAGGACGGCCAGUGCUAGCGCUGAGAUUGGCUCGUGGAAAAUUUUGGUUUCUGGUGAGGAUAUUCCUCGUAGAUCUGUCGAGGAACAAACGCAUGGGCUCCCCGUGAAGGUCCCCAGUUUAUCUUGCUUAGCGAAGGCCGUAGAGCCGACUUCUAAGAUGAAUUGGUGUAGAAAUGGUUUCAGGAAGUGGAAGACUGAGGAUCAUCACCAGCCAGCUGAGCUGAUCCCAUUAAAGAAUAAUCAGCUCAGUCGGGAGCUUGAUGCUUGCUACGAGAGGACUAAAAGCUGUCUUGGCGACUGUGAUGAUGAAACUUACAAUAAGCAGCUCUAUGGGUGGAUUGGUGCUCUUCAUAGACAGCUCCAGAGAUCUCAAUAUCAGAUCCAGUAUGGUCGACCUAUUCAAAUGAUACUGUGUAUUCUUUUUCUUGUGCUUCUAGUUGUUUUAUUUGCUCUACAUGCAAUUUGAAGGGUGUAGAGAGGGCGGUUUAUAUCAUCUAAUUGUACAGAAAUGCUGAGGUACGAGUUGCUGCUUUGUCACUCCAGCACAAGGUAUUUUUGUUCUUAGGGAACAUGUUCACAUAUUAAAUAACACCAAACAGCGGUAUUGCUUACUCUUGGAAUGAGACUAGUAAUGCCAAUGGUUCUGCUUAUAGAUGCUAGUAAGCCCAAUGUGUAUCUGUCUCUUGAUGUUGUAAUUGUACUGAAAGCUAUUUCUUCUUGUUAUUCCUGAAGAAUUCUUGGAAAGCAAUGUAUUCCCAUGCUUCGUCUAGGUGGAACUCUACAUCUUAUUAGUAAGUGUGAGGCUUGACCUGAUUAAGAACAAUAAGAUUCCAAACUGGAGGGCUGUUUAAUUGGAGUA